GGCAUCCCCCAGCUUUCUCUCGCCCUCUUUUCUAAUUGGCCUUGUUUAUUUAAUGGUUACUGCUUAUGUCACGAGUUUCCUUGGGUUCUCUCUUCACCAAUUGGUUUCGAAACUCUUUUCUAACACGCAACAUUCACCAUCCUCACUCACACCCUCCACAACAUUUAAUAUCUAUCCCACUCUCCCUUCAUCAAAACUCUCAAUCUCUUCUCUUUUUCCUCUCCCCUGUCCCCUCUCACUCACACACCCUCUUCCAUUCAACCAACCAAAAUAGCUUCACCACUUUCCCUUCAUUAUUUCCCACUUCCAUUUAACCUUAACCUUUUCAUCGGUCAACACUUUCCCACCAAACCAAAAAGAAACCAAACAAGGAAUAAAAAGAAACCCUCCUCACUUAUUCCCUUCUUUACAUAUUCAUAUACUUAUACACCAAGGCGGUCAAAGUUUCCGGCUUUUGGAUCGAUAUGGGGCUAUCGGAGAAGGCACAAGUAGAGGGAGGGUUUGAUUCCGAUAGCAAUAGAAAAUGGGUGAUCGCUGGAAUCGCUUUGCGUGCACCAUUGAAGCCAAUAUACACUAUCCCUGUGGAGAAGGAGGAACAAGGGGUUCAAGUUGAAACAACAGAGGAGUGUUCGACGACACCAACAAGUGUGGAAUCGAAGAUCCCAACACCCUUCACGUGUCCACCUGCUCCUAGGAAGAGAAAACCUUCGUACAAGUGCAACUAUCGUCGUGGUGUUGUGAGACAGUUUUUCACGCCACCAGACUUGGAAACCGUCUUCAUACGCCACGUUGAAAAGGCCAAUUCAUGAGAACACGCAAGAAAAGAAAACCAAUUACUAUAUAAGUAGCCACUUUCAUCUUUAGGGAUAUCUAAAUCUACCUAGCUUCUUUUGGUUACGUUGUGUAUCUUACUUUUCUCUAGUCAAGUGUAAUAGUUUUCCGUUUUCAUUAUGAGUAGCUACAGCUUCGGUAGUUCAGAGAUUAUUAUUAGGACUAUUUUGUAUAGAGUAGCCUAGAAAUAAAUAAAAUCACAUCUUAAUUAGCUUCCAUGA